AUGCUAUGUAAAGCACGACGAAGCGAAACGAAUUCCAUUAUACAUUCAAAUGUCACACCACCCUUUCCAGUUAUGUUAGCAACAUGCCCGGUUGUACAAUUUGAGGCAUCAAGCCUACCUGCAUCCAUUUUGGACCGUCAACAGAAACUGCAGUUCAGCCUUGGCUGCCGUGUGAUUUUGCCUCCAGAGAGUUUCCUCUCGCUCAGGCUUCCAUUUGUUUAUGGUGUCCAACUAGAAGAUGGAAAUCUGCACCCUCUUAAACCUUUUCAACAGCAACCAGAACUAACUGCCUGGAUUACCCAAGGCUCAACAUUGCAGGUCUUGUCCAAGGGAAGCAAUGCUGUUGAGGAAUCACUUACAUAG